UUUGUAUUUUCCCUUAUGCACCAAAAGAUCUAUCCUCUGGGAAAUAAAAGAAGAUAUUCGCAAAGUGCUAGGCACAGUUGUUGAUUGUGCUCGAGUGGAACGCUUAUUCUGUUCCUAGUCUCAAAAUGGAAAUAGUAAUAGAAAUUAUAUUACUUCCGAUAUUCAUUGUAAUGGUAUCGUCAACAAAAUUUCCUCCUUGGGAUUUUGAUGACGUCUUGUCGCCCGAAGAUCAAAGUGAAGUCAUACCAGAAGAACAUUUGGAAUAUGGUCAUCCUUUCAGAGUGAAUCCAUCGAAUGAAGAUAGUGACUAUGAGUAUUACUGGAGUUUUGUUCCACAACCUAAAGGAAAGGAGCUAGCAAAUUUCCCUGCCAAGGAAAAAAAAAAUGGACAAUCUGAGAGUCUUUGCAUGAGUACCCUCAUUCAUAAAACAUUUAUAGAAGAAAACGGAAUUAUCUUCAAACCCGAUGCAUUGAUAGAAUACAAUUGUCAAGCUGUACCACCUGGAGUAUACAAUAAUUUGGAACAUCUACCAGAAAGAGCAACGAUAUGCAAGGUGAAAGGUGAUUGUGUUACUCGAGAACGAGAAAUCAGGGUAUUCAAGAAAAGAAGAGAUUCCAAUAGACACGAAGCAAAAUGUUGGCAACAAGAGAAUUACAACCUUAGUGUCGGCUGCCUGUGCUUGAAUCAUUUUUAGAUACGAUUAAAAAUUCCAAAAAAUUCUUAUAUUCUUACGAUUAAAUAGUUCCCUUUUAAAUCUUUAUAAUUUUUUUUUCCAUUUAAGCAUAGCUAAUGGCAUUUCAUCAAUUCUCAAUCAAAACUUUUUUAUAUAGAAAUUUUUAUCCAGAAUAUAAUCUUAUCGUAAUAAAGACAAUAUUAAGAAUA